AUGCUGAAACGUUUUACUAGACGGAAAUUUGGGCGGAAAGGACGAAACACUAAGUGCUUGCCCGUCUCGUGUAACACCCAAAGACACUUAUCUUAUGUUCUUUGAAUUUAAUUUCAUUGCAUGCAUCUUCCGAUGGGCCUGAACUAUCUAACCGCCCAAUCUUUUUGUAGUUUCAGGAAUUAGGUUUAAAGCCGUCAGUAGUGGCUGAUGAUGUAAGGGAUAGCAUACAUCGAGUCAGCGAAGCAUCGGGAAUAAGUCCUGGCUAAUGCCGAUGUGAAUGGAGUCGUUGACGCGUCACCAUACUCAUCCAAGAGAAGGGGUAGAAGAAUAAUUAGGCGAACAUAGAGGUAUAGUAAGCACAGCCUGCAAGUGAGAAUAUAUCAUAAUGGUCAAUUGUACAAAUGGAAUGGGUUACAGCAAUGGGUGACAUGUCUGGAUGGGGAAGUAUUACUGACAUGGCUGCUAAACAGCCGGCGAUUAGCACAGCGCUGUGGGCAACUGCAGGGGAGAGGCGUGAAAGAUGCCGACGUAGAGAUAGAGAGCGUUACGCUGAGUUGUGUGAAGGGAGUGAGUGGUAAAGAAGGGCACCGGCUAUUUUCACCUACACGCAGUUACGCCAUAUUCAUCCCAGACUCUCGUGGGCAGUGUUUAUUACACUCAGAAAACUGCACGGUUCGUGGGACGUUACACCUCGUCCCUUAAGUCCUGGCACCGAAAGGUGCAGUUGUGGCAAAUAUCGACCAACGUAAAUUCGCGAUUAUUUCCUCAUAACAAUCAAAGUAACUAUGCGAGCGAAUAUGUGCAAUAGAUUUAGGCAGUUUUUGAUGGCCACUUAUCGAAAAUGAGGCAGUGGGUACUCCGUUGUGAUUAACCCCUUUCUGGGUGGUUGAGCAGUCGAAGCUACUAAAGAGUCCGUCGUCACGCGAGGGCAAUACAUUAAAAGACUUACAUUAGCAGUGAGUUUUUGGUAUGUACGACGCCGUAUUGUGCAACCUUACCAACCCUUACACCCUCUAUCCGCGGUUGGAUAACGCCCGAUAUCACCUCGUUUCGUGACACGUGGCAGUCGUGCACGAUCAUUUACCGCUCGGGAAACAAUCACCUAACAGCAAAUCGCCUACUGCACUUUGUGGACUUUUUACGCGAGCAACGAAAACUCAUGCUGCACACUAGGGGACGCAUGUCAAGAGGCAUAUGAAAUCCGCCCUGAAUCUUGAGAUGUCAGGAAAUGGGACCACAAGGACGGACUGAAAUGCCGCCCUUGGCUUUACACUAGAAAACGGUUUCGUAAUUAACUAAACGUGCUUCCCUUGUAUUUUGAUGGAUAGUUGUACCACACUCCCGACAUGGGCUCUAACUAGAAGCCAAGACACGCGUUUCGCCGAUGUUUGCCGCUGCAUGACAGUUGCGUAGGGUUCGACUCCUCAUUUGAUUCCCUUGCGUUAUCCAUGCAGUUUCCGGCAUAUGAACUCCAGAGAACAAGGUAAGAAUUUCAGAAACUACUAAGUGCAGUAAACCGACAGGCUGGUGCAGACCAUGAGUACACUGGGGAGGAAAACGAGUGAUGCUGGUAUUGAGGUAUCUUCUCAUAUCGCAAUCAUGGCAAUAAUUUUGGUCCGCCUGAAGCUAUCACUACGUGCCAAAAGUCGUUGAUUGCAAGGCUAUCAGCCGACUACGUAACUCGGUCCUCCUUUUGAAUGCUGAUCUGACUUCGGCAGUGCCCUCUUGAGGUGACCUUCGUGUUAUCUUCGAAGUACGUGAGCUUGGAACUCGUCAGAUGGCGACAUUACGUCAAAUCAGACGAUCUGCCGCCCCUUACUGAUUAGUUUUAUUCGUAUAAACCAUGAGCGUGUUAAAACAGAAAGAGUGUGAUCGAUUCAGUCUGGGUGCAGCGUUCAGUUCCUCACUAUUGACAGUUAGACGUGCUUUUCGGCUACCACGACGCUCUAGCAAUCGUGGCUUAGAAGGCUGACAACCAACACGAUGACUCGGUCCUACUCAUGACUGAGGAUCAUGCUGUGAUGCUGUGUGUUAAUGCGACCACUAUUGGACUCUCAGUUACGUGAGAUCUGAGGUCUCCAAAUGCUCCUACAACGGGCCGCGCGAUAGAUGCGCUGAACCAACACGGGGACCAGGUCAGGACACGACAGGCAUUCUUUGGACGCCCACACGUAACUAAUGCAACAUAUGGGGGUGUGGUGGCACGUCUGGGUGCAAGUUCGCGCCACGCUGGCCACCUGCGCCUGAUCCCGCCUCUGGUCUUCUUGACUUUGUCCACACAUCGGGCCCAAGUGGGGUAGGAGGAGAGAAUGCGGCAGAUGUGGCGCCAGUCCACAAGUCACCAUCCCUACGCCCAUCAUUCCGUGAGGCACACAGCAAACUUCGUAGGAAUCUACGGUCGGACUUUCGUGUGGCAGCCACUGCCUGCUAUUUAUUUUCCUGCUUCUAUGUUUGUUUCCCCAUAAAACCUCAUAACCAUCGGGCACGCAUUCUAUCGCCCAUCCUGCUGUAGUACCUCACUGAAUGAGCUUUCCAGAAUGCGGGAUUCUGUAUUAGUGGUGUCCACUAUGCACCGGCUGACGAAACCUCACCCCGCUGACGAUAUUAUCUUGCGAGCGUAAAGCUAUGUUAACCUGCAGUGCGCGCGCUGGAUGAGGGAGGUUGGCAGUUUAAUUUGUUUGUUUCUGAACGUUGCGAAACCAAACUAUUAUUCGUUCGACCUUACCGGGAAGUACCACCCACCUGUAAUUAACAGCUGCGGGCUUUAAGUGGUAAGCCAUUUCAAAGGCUUCAGAAAAUUUUGUCGGGCUGAUGGAGCAGAUGGAAAAUGUUUAUAGUAAUCGGUCCUGUCACUGAAGAUAUUCCUAAGCCUCUCAUAAUAUCUUAGAGGUGAGAACGCUUCGCACUUGCCUGAUGACCAUGCCAUGCUGCUAAUGCAUGUACAGCGCGAUCGAAACCUGGAGGUUUUCGGCUACUGUUGCCCGAGAGCGAUCGUUUCGGUGAAGUAAACAUAUCUUUCCACGAAUAAGGUGGUCCUUAUCAAUGCAACGACCCCACAAGCAUAUUCUGUGCUAUCUGAAGACGAUGGCUGAUGAGCUAGGCCACGUACCUUUUCAUCCACCUCGUGAGUUCAGUCCUGUUUCGCUAAAUUCUUCCGCGCUGCUUCAUUUUAAAUACAAACUCAGCGAUGCAACAAAGUGCCGAGUGCGUUAUAGGACCUUUGGUAUUGGGCUUUUGCCUCUAGAUACGAGUGGGUUGAUGCCGCCUUUUAUGAGCAUAUUGACAGACAUAGCAAGUCGACGUACCAAUAAUUAGCAUUGAACGGAUGUUCACCGUGCGGAACCUGCUCGUCACCUUGCGUCCCGCAGCUCCAGUCUGUGGCACUCGCAUGCAGUCGUAUAGGGAACAGCCAUGUCUGGCGUAUUAAUUGUCGGUAGUCAUAAACGGACGCUUGGCUAACUUAUUCUGGGGCCAGCUGGCGAUAGUUAACAAACCACUAGUGACCAUUUCCUCAGCGUUAGCUUCAAACUAGCUCAUGAUAGAAGUAAUUCGAAAAAUACAAAGGAUUAAGUAAGUUAGGAAGUAGUCUGAUUAACAGAAGUCUUCAGACAACUCAGCAUUCCGAUGAAUACACGGACGAAAGUUAGGCAGCACAGCAUUUUAAAGUCUUAUUUCCUUUUUCAGCGAUGGAGUGGAUUCUGCGAUUUCUUCGGCGCAGAAUUUUCUCUUCAAUUCACCAAAUGGAGUUCUUUCAACAAGAGACAGACCGUUUGUUCCAUACAAUUCAUGAGACCGUGACUAAAGGCGUAAGCAAUUCCUUGCUCGUAAUUGGUCGUCCUGGAAGUGGAAAAAGUCUGGUAAGCAAUGAGCCACGAUACCUCUACGCAAUUGCAGCUGUUGCGCGAGGUAAUAAAUAAAGUGAAGUCGAUGAAGGACGUGAGUGGGAACUUUAUCGACGUCUAUAUAAAUGGUGAGUCUGCGAUUUUUGAACGAACCAUAUAAAAUAGGUUAAUGGGAGUUGGGUCCUCAGAUCUCCAAAUUGCUUUUUCCUAAACGUUUUCUGUAUUCUCAUUUGUUUCAUCAAGUUAUUGAUUUCGUCCGCUUCUCAUUCUCAGAGACUCAUCAAUAGCAGCAACCUGAGGCCUUUAGAACAGGCGUUUCUCUUCGGACCAAAUAUACUUGCUUUCAAUUUGAAAGCGCUCUAUGGAACCGUGAAGAUCUCUCUUCAUCUAAAAUAAGCUAGAUAGGAAGCGGAAUAUUUAGCGGCCCUCUUUCCUAUUUCUUUAUCAUCUUUUCUUUCCCACACCUUGUUUGCCAAACUUUACUCAGUCCUACAUCAUUGGUAUAUAUGUCAAACUGCAGAUACACUGUACAUACUAAUGAACAACUCUAAGUGCAUGCGAUUUUAAUGGGUUGUUUUGGUAAGACUUUAUCUGUGUCAAAAUUUGACUCAGGUACACUAACGUACACAUUCCAGCUUUUAAUAUUUAUUUCCACUAUUAGUUGUGGGGACUUUUUGAAAAUCUCAUAAUUUUAAGGGGACCAGUUCGGAUUCUCCUUAUGACACCAUUCAUAAUUUACCCGUUCUUGAACACUGUUCCAAAAUACCGGCUUCUUCCCCUUGCCUAUCAAGCUGACUUUACUGACAAACUCUGCGUCAAUUUUUUGUCGCCGAAACGGCAACCUUCAGUAACUGUCCCAUGGCCGAGCGGUCAGUGUCGAGGUAUAGAACGAAACGCUCUUAUUCUUGUUUCAGGUCUUAUUCACACAGACGACCGUGUGGCCUUGAACGCCAUUGCCAAGCAACUGCAUCGAGCCUGUAGUGCAGUUCCCGAAAUGCUGUUAUUUGACGAAGAGGAUGCCUCUGACGUUGACAAUAUUUCCUCCAAUGAGCCAUCGAGAACUUUUUCAGAACAACUUAGGUGGCUUCUGAACCUUCUAACGUCUGGAAACACGUCUAACAAGACUGUACUUGUUGUCGUAGAGGAGUUCGAUAGGUUCGCUGCCCACAGAAAUCAGGCUCUCCUUUACAAUCUUCUGGAUUGCUGUCAGUCUGGCGGUGUGCCGCUCUGUGUCAUCGGGCUGACUUGCAGGCUGGUUAGUCCUAUAGCACAAAUUCGUGCCUUUUCGACAUUUUUCAACCCAUUCCAUUUUUAUUUUUCCAGAAAUUCUAUCAAGAUUAGGCAAAUCUGAUUGAACAAUACUAUUUGUUCUGCAUUGAGCUUGCUACUCAGCCGGCUCGCGAAGCCGUCGACCGAGAAUCCAUACAACAAUCUGGGGCAGGUCCUAACUUAAACUCCCCAUUACUCAUUAUCCAUAUUUUCACUCUUGUUCUGGUAAUCACAGCAUCCUUGAUUCCUCAAUUGUCGUAUGGAGGAGUCUUUUUUCUUAGUCUAGCAUUUGUUGAUAGCAUAUUGUCUUCCAGAACGCUAUGCAGCGUCAUCCACUAUCGGGAAAAAUGUCUUACACAAUGUAGCUACCAAUUCGCUGGGAGUACUUCUAUAAGACAGUUGAAAUCAAUUGCAUGUUUGCGUGUGUGAUAUGGGACUCUGUUCCACAUAUGUAUCGUGGUACACCUGGAGAGUUUAGUGUCACUGAAGAAAAAGGGGCUAAGUAUCGUGAGAACUUUCAGUUAUUUCGUCAACAUGCCAUCGGACUCAGACCUCAUAUCCGUAAAUGCACAUUUAUUGCCUCAAUCGCCACCACUUGGUCUCAGCCCAUUUCGCAAAUUCUCAAAACCUCUUGGAAAUUGAGGCACGCUAAACCUGACUUGAUGAAAACCGUAUGGAGUAAGUAAGUACUGAUUGGCCCAAACCUCUAACUCACUUCUCUGCCUGACUACUAUGUUGACUUGAACAAAUCGAAUCAAUUUUAGUAGAUGAAACUUGCUUGUGCAGCUUCUGCAAGUCCCGACAACCGUGGCCGUGCAGGUUAAUUGCAUCUUAUGAGGGCCUCAUUUUCUCCAUUGGAAAUGUACGCACAUGCGUGAACAUGCCAGUACACUAAUGCUGUUUCUUAUCUGCAUCCAGAGUGAUUUAUUCUUCAUCACCCUCGCGGUGCUUUCUGUAGGAUAUAAUGGAAAUGCUGGAGAAGCGUGUGAAGUCGAGGUUUUCACACCAACAGUUGCACCUUCUACCCGUCGCCUCUCCCCUCACUGCCUGUUGCGACACAUCUGAAGAAGGAGGAGAAGAAAGCGGAGGACCGCGGCCUUUUGAGCGCUACUGUCAUAUUGCUGCUAGCCUGCUAAAGUUGCGCUUCGAUGAGUUGGACUCCUUUCUGACGGUCUUACAACCAAGAUGCACCGGGGCUCACUCUCAGCCCUCCAAACGAAAGUUACAGGAGGCCAUUACCUCCUGGAAUGCUCAUAUUGAUAGUUUCUUUGAUGACGACCUUGUCUCAGACUGCCUGCGUCAAGUUUGGGAGGUGUCUACUUCUGUUAGCAAGCUGCGAAACUUUGUGGUAAGUGCGUGACGUGGUCAAUGAACUUAUUUUUCUGGAAGGCGCCGAUCAGCUCACUUUUAAAUCUCAGUGACUCCUCGUUGUUAAGCGAUGGGGAACGUUUUUGUCUCUAGACCCUGUAGUAUUGCCAUUUACGGAAGCUGAAAUGCUCUACUUUUCACUUAAUAAUAUGGUUUCGAAGCAGCAAUGGAAUCACGGAAGAUCAUCAGGGUGCGUGUUUUGUUGUCGAAUCUCAUACCAUUCCGUUUUACAACAUGAAACUGUACUUCAGGGACCUGCCCGCUCUAUGAAAGCGGGUUAGAACAAAUACGGUUUAAAGACAAAUGCCCUGGCUGAAUGGAAAACACAAGGGAGCCCUCUGGGAUUGGGCUAUGCUGGCUGUAUGUUGCCCUCUCCGUAAUAACGAGACACAUCUGCUUGCAUCGGUGAGUCGCGGUCCUGACUGAAAGGAUUAUCUCACGAGCCCGAGUUAGGGAUAGAAGGGCGAACAGUUCUGUGACUAUAUGAGCGCCCCAAAUGUUUAAUUUGACGGAGGUUCUUCCGCGAAACGACUUCCCAGAACCUGUGUUGCGGUCCGUCAGUCGUGCGGUCUGUAACGCCACGACCUUGUUAAAUCCAGUGCAGCGAGUCCACAAGGCAAGCCUUUAUGCAGUCAGAAAAACCAUACUGUGUGUCUACACAUUUACAAGGCUAAACAGCCUGUUCCGACUAAAACGUAGACAUGUAUCUGACCGUUCAGCUUGUUGUUUUGAACAAAAUGGCAACUGGAGAAGGGUGACCUGUUAGCUAAAAGCAAACAGUUGUCAGAUACUUUGGCACAAUUCGAUUUAUGUUUGGGCAGCUGUCUGGAGCUCAGAAAAGAGUAGCACGAUUUUCAAUGGUGAGGACGUCAAUAGUUUGUGUUAUAUGGUAUACUUCGAUUGCAUCUACUCCCAGUGCUGCCAAGUCUGUCUAAACCGAUUUUCCUGGAUGGCAAUGCACCGGCUUAUCAAUGCUGCACCGUUGAUCAUUUUGCAAAUUCUCAUGGAAUCAGAGGUCCCUAGUGGCCAAGUGGACCUUCUGGCCACAAUCAAUUAGAGCAUGAAUUGGACUGCCCUCAACGAAUAAUCCUCAGAACAAGGGAACUACAAACUCUUUCUACUUCAAGGCUUCAUCUCUUGAAUACUGGUGAUAUAAUAAAACAAGGACAGACUUCGUCGAUCGUCCACAGAGACGAGCUUAAUUUGUUAUCGCGCGCUAUUAAUAAGUAGUAUAAUUUGUCCCCUUAAUCCCUAUUUAUCUUGCUCUAGAGCGAUAAGGCAAAACAAAAAGUAUGACGCUUACUUGAAUCUCAUUGAUUUACCACGGUUCAUCUGGGGAUAAAUUUUUGGCUAGCAGUGUAUGUUUUCGUACUGAGUAUGCUGCAUAUCCCGAGGAAUGUAAACAUCACCUUCUUGCCCUUUGGGAGGGCGGUUACGAGCAUGCCGAAAUGACAGAGGCAUCAGAUUAAUCGUUUGGACCCUGAACGUCAUUGCAUGUGUUCUGACAAGUGCUCUGAUAGACAAUACCACUGCCCUUUUUUACAGAUAUGUAGACAUCUAUAGGUUCUCAGGCAUUUAGGUUCUAUGUAUCACUCUCUAAAGUUCGAGGAAUGCAUCAGAUCAGAGAAACCAUUUGUGAAGAAAGGACCGAACAUUGUCGUCCUGUGAAGCUUUAUCUACCGUAACAAACGCGUUUCGAAGCCGCUGGCCCUAUCUUUCUUUAUGAUCCAGCCUCGAAGAACUUCACCAUUUACAGCGAACCAACCAACUAGCUUGUCGACAUCAUCUAUCUGAGAUAUCGUAUCCGGAUCUCGACCAGCUAUGAGAGACUGUAGGUUGGACCUGAGACGCAAGCAAAAACGGAGUUGGGUUUUGCUAGAGAAUGCAGUAACGUUAUCUGCCACAAGUUGCCACGAACGGAAUUGAACGCUAGAGCUAAUUGCAAGAAUAAACAGCUUACAACUGCCGAUGGUGGCCACUGGGCAAUUCACGACGUUCGGAAGCGUAAAUGUUUGGUCAGCCCACUCGGAUUUUUGGGGGUAUUACCGCCAUCACGACCCAUGGCCUUACAGUUGUGGUGAUUAGGUUACGCCCACUCUCUUCGACUUCACAAGUUGGUGACUCCAGCGUGUUGCGAACACAGCCCUCAUGAGUGGCCUAACUGAGUUCUCACGAAAUUCCCACCAACCGCCGCAUCUCUAGAUUUUACUAUGCCAUCCGGUGUCCACGACAAGCAAGAUUUGGUUGCCGUCACCGUGUCACGAAGCCAUGGGGUUGUCAUCAGCCAUGAGAGUCCAAGCCAAGGCUCUGACCAAUUGUGCGGAGCAGUCGUUCACCCCUGCCAACAUCGGACGCAUCCAAUAUUGAUCCAGCAUUUUCCUUUUAAUGUUCCUACCAGCAUCAUCAGUUUUGAAGCCGUUGUGGGUGAACAACUUUCCUUGAGGCUCGGUUGAUUCAAUGAGCUCUGCAACUUAUCUGGCUGUGCAGUUUGGACGACAAUGAAACACGUUCACUGACCGAUGCGUCUUUGUCUGACUCCACCGGGAUUUACCACGUCGGAAACGUUCUUGCCUCUCAUAGUAGCAUGCGAACUCACCAAUGGGUGUUGGACAAAACGCACCAGCACAUUCAUUGCCUUCUGUCCCAUCUGACCUCUGCACAGACCGGGGCAUCAAACUGAGUCGAUGAUUCCAUCACAGUAAACGCAUGCUGUCUAGUCAUCGUGAUCAUUGGCUAAACUCACCGCUCGUUGCACCAUCGACGCCUUCACUCAGUUCUUUGUUUUGGGGGCGGAGAGUUACGGAUGACCCUUACCACAGCACCGCCCGUGUCCAUGCAGCCCUCAAACGCGUGCGUCCACACAUGUACAUCACGUGUGCUAGCGGAGAUGGUAGUUUGGGAUUCUAUUCGGAAUACAUUUCACAUUCUAGUGUCUUUCCUCUUCCUAUACAACCAAUAGGGCUGUAGUUGCCAUGUCCACGACUUUACUUGAUACACCAUUUUAUCACGCAGACCGAGGCCACACGAACGUGACGCUCACACGACGAAGAUCGACGGCAGUGCAGACUUUACUUAGGCGUUAGCGAUGCUAAGGAUAAUUCAGCCAGUAACCCCAAGUGCGAUCUCAUCUCUCCGGCCCUUGUUCAAUUUUCCUUACAGAGUCUGGGCGGCAGUGGUGACAAAAAUUGUGUGGUAGGAGGAAGGUCAUCCGUGAGCACCUUGUAGUCGCGGGGGCGUCAAACGACGUCUCAUGGGUCAGAGGAGUUCCGCUUCCGGAGGGAGAGAAUAACCGGUCGGUCGUCGAAGUCAGGAAAGCGUUCACAGUGGUCAUGCCGUGUGUGGUCUGUCCGAUAGCUUUUGCAGUUCCCUGUAGCCGACUUAGCCGAUGCUUUACAAGUUUCCGUUGUGCCACUUGGCUCAUGCCACGUAAACAGAAUAGUUCGAUUUUCUUCGGCUUAUCGAACUGUUUUCAGAUAGCGGAUUCGAAGAUUUCUUUCAACUGCCCCGGGACGGCAAUUUUCAAUGAUUGCAAUUCGUUCCUGCUAAAAACUGCUAAGUUUAGAUCACGACAUUUGGCAAAGUAAUUUUGCUGGGCCUAUUACUUUUUGACGACGAUAUCGUAUGUUUCUCGCAUAAUAUAAUGCUUUUCUGCAUGUCGCCAUUUGUUUCAUUUUAUUUAUAGCAGUUUUUGCGUUUUCAGGCACUUCUAAUUGCACCUCUUGGGGGUUCCAAAAUUCGCCUAGAAACGCAGGAUUUUAUCAACGUGGUUUCCCGACUUCGCCAGGACGCCAAAACUGCCUUAUUACCAAGUACGUGUCUUCAGGGCCUCUGUUGCAAAUACCUCCUCCUGGCAACCACCAGUCAUCAGAUUGGAUGGGCGUACAAAGUGUCCAAAUUGCUGAAGCGUUGACCAGAAUCCGUAAAUAUGCUUUCGAAUGAAAUAUCGCCCUAGUGACCUAACUUGGGUAUUUCACAAGUGGCACUCCCGAGGAAUACCGCAGCCUUGGUUUAUUAAUUAAGUCUAAGAGGUGGAGCCUCGUUGCCGGUCGGAGGUCCCUUCUACUGGUAGAACGGUUAAAGGCCGACGUUUGCGAUCGUCUGGUUACUUACUCCGUCGACUCAGAUGGACACUCAUCCUCGUUUUCCCUCCGAAUUCCUGUGGAUAGAUGUGAUUAAGUUAGACUUGAAGAAUUUGCCGGUACUAAGUGUCAUUGGUGUUCGGAAAUCUAACGUCAGCUGGAUUGCACUUGCUGACAGCCGGCUCUGCGAUCUCAGAAUAAGCCGCACCUCUUCGUGGCACCAGAGUCUGGAAUCGGCCAAGCCACUGCCGUUUGUCGUUAUGAUUACAUGUAUCCAUAGCGGUCGACUAUGUAUAAAUUGGGUUUUUCACAAGCACCUUGACUUGCCUUAAGUACACAAUUGUCCCCGCUUGAAUUAGGAAUUUGCACCCAGCGUAAUAAUUUGUCCGGUGUUGCAGCUGCUUUGCGAAUGGUGAUUUCAGGUAAUACUAAUAACGAAAGCAAUAAUCGCGCCUCGCAUCAACAACGCGAUAUCUCCCCUAUCCUACUCCAUGAAUUAAUGUUUUCUACAGACCUUCGGGCCUGGUGCCUUCGACUUAAUUCUGAAAACUCGUAUUUUAGGUCUUUCUGUGCUCGAACUUAUACUUCUGACUACAAUGGUGAAGUUACAUGAGAUCAAUUCCGGACAACCUCUCAAUUUCGAAGUCGUUUUUCACGGUAAGUCACUGCCGACGAUCCACUGCCGCCUCAACCAUGUAGACAAUUAAAACUUUUUGCCAGCUUUUCGCCUCCCCAAGGUUGCCGUAAGUAUUCACUUUCGUGGGACUACUUCAAUUUCGACGCAGAAGGCGUGUGUGCACUAAUUCGUGCGAUUUUUUUAUCCUAACCAUCUCUCAGUGGGAUAAACCACAUUCGGUAGUUUUGCCAAUUAUCACUGAAACAUGACUUGGACAGCAAGGCAACCUUUUCAGUCCUUCUAGUGAGCCCGCCUUUUUAUCAAUCCCGCAUAGUCUUCGGUUCAAAUUCCUUCCUCUUAUACCAAAUGUGAGCACUCUGCCAGUAUCGAAGCAACACUAGUCUCAACGGUGGGCUGUCAAAAGAUUGUUAUAGUUAGCCUACGUCAUCACGAUAUUCCAAACGCCUGCAUAGUGGAGAGCGGCCACGCAACAAGGUAAAGGACUCCAACCACACCUGACUUCAAAACUUCCUUGUGAAAGUUCUUUAUGAUUCUUUUUUUACUUCUCCCAAGUCCUCUUUUUCUCCCUUGACUCCGCGGUCCUCAAGCUUUCGCGCCGCUUCCCUUUCAAGCCCGCGUGACUUCUUAGAGAUUCGUUUGGAUGUUAACCAGCGGUAGUGGACUUAUUGCUAACGACGUCCUUUUUGAAGAUUUUGCGCCAUUUUUAUGUUGGCUUCCGUCUGCUUUCCUCAGCAAACGUUUACUGCCAAUUUUGCGCGCCCGCUCUAGUUGAAGGGGUUCUUAAAGGGGCUCGGAAAGUUGCCUGUCCACCACUACCAUCCGCGUAUCAGUAAUAUAUCCCCAGUCAAAUGAUAUUCUUUUCAUUACUAACCGUUACUCUUAGGUAGGCAUCCAAAAGGGCCGUUUGCACCUCGGUCUUCAUUGCGUCGGAAUUUUUCCUCUCAAGAUAGUUGACAUCGCGUUUACACCUUUGUUUGCGUUUUGUAGAGGCGACCCAGCUAGCUUAUAAAAUAUUUUGACCUGAAAGGCACCAUCCAACCGUGUCGCAUGUUGUAUCGUGUUAGUCCCCUUUUCCUGAAGUCUUCAAAACGCUGCUGUUUCAGAGUACACGCGCUUCUGCCGCACCAACUGCAUCGGCUAUCUCUACGAGAAGGCUGUUGUUGCCAAGGCCCUAGACAAUCUUGUGGACCUCGAGCUGGUUGUGUGUGGUCGAGAAGCCGCUGCCCUCGCGUCUACCGGUGGCGUGGGUCUAACCGCCGGCUCUCGGAGCACGCGAAAGGCACCAGUUGCUAGCGUUCCCUGUCAGCUGCGUAACUACCAACCUAUUGCCUGCUUUGUCAACUCUAUCCUCCUCACGGCCUGUUUGGAUGCCUACCCCAACUGUCCAGUCGAGCUCUGCCAGUGGGCCCACUCGCGAACCCUCUGA